AUGACAAAUGCGUUGUUACAAACUAUCGUCAAUCCCUCAAUCAAAAACAAGGCAUCCCAGUCAAACAAACUAGGCGAGGAGGAAGAGUCACUCUGGUUAGGCAUAGACGCUGGAGGAACUGAGCAAACAGUUCACAACUCAUCACCUAUAUCACACCGUCUCAUCGCCAGAGGUUCGCCUUUCGCUGACAUUCACUUAAAAUCACCAUCAACACCAAUCACACGUCCCGUCGAUUUAACUACAGCCAACUCGUCCGACAGUCACAUCUCCCAUGCGAGCAGUGGCGCAACCACCCCUAUCGUUUCAACAGUUAAAGGGACGAAUUCACCAGUCCGCACGACUUCUAAGGAUACCAUACCCAAUAGGACACAAGGCCAGGACAGCACUACCGGAGAGGAAUUCAAGUUGAAAGCGGACCCUGUCACAGCGGUACGGUCCAGUCCAAACACUCCCGGAAAACCUGAAAAGUCUGCCCAAAAAUCCGUUGUUGCAGGGAAUCGAGAGAAGGCACUCAGUACUCAACCCCAAGCGCCGAUCAAAAACGCGGUGGUGCCUCCCGCUUCCUCGACCUCUUCACCCGGCAGAAAAGUUGACGAGUCUCCAUCCAGAUCAACCAAAGAGUCAACUUCUACUCCGGCAAACAAUCGCCAUGCUCAUGGAAACCUGGCCUCCAAAGACGUCUGCAUGAUCAUCGCAUCUUGCUUGGUCGUGAUUGGAUGUGGCAUUUACCUCUUAAUCCGAAAAUUCAGACUGCUUCGCAAACCAAACCCGACCAUCCGAUCUGAGCGCUUGACACCUCCAUCUUCUGGAAGCUCAAAGCAUUCCAUAACACCUUGGGUCAAGUUCGGUCAUGAAAAAUCUGAGCUCUCACCGGCUGCGCUUGAAGGAGGGGGUCAUCAUCCUAUGUUUAAUUCUGAUGAGAAAGACAACGCACUAGGCGGAGAAACAACUGUACCAGAUCCGGCUUACUUACAAGCUCGACCCAACCUUCAACGCCGUAUCUUGCGACGACUAGCCGGUAUCUCAGCAGCAACCUCGACCGCUGCUAGUGCGGCUGGGGGUCGAGUUUUGGAGUCAUUUGUGCGUAGGCAAGUUCGGGACGAUGCAGAAGCUCGGUUAGAUGGAACUCAAGGUACCCAUUCAUCUGAUAAGAUGACAAUGAACGAGAAGGCGGCAAAAGCAGAAGCUGGAACAGGAUACAUGCAUCCACUCGGUGGUUUCGCUACCCUGCAUAAUUGGGGGUCGGAAAGUCAGUACUCUGAGUCAUCUCUUGAAGCUAUGCCAAUCUAUUUGUUCAAGCCUCUCCUUAACCCCAAAGCUACUGUUCUUCGAUGA